CCGUGGGCUGGAACCGCCGCGCUCGGGAUGCAGCUGAGCUGAGAGCCUGCGCCCGCGGACCGAGAGCCCGCGUUCCGAGUCUUUCCCGGCGGUGUGGGGAGCGGGACUUGCAGCGGCAGGAUGACCAACCCGGCGGCCACGCAGAACAAGGAAAUAGACUGUCUGAGCCCCGAGGCUCAGAGGCUGGCGGAGGCCCGGCUGGCAGCGAAGCGUGCGGCCCGCGCGGAGGCCCGAGAGAUCAGGAUGAAGGAGCUGGAGCGGCAGCAGAAGGAGAUCUAUCAGGUCCAAAAGAAAUAUUAUGGGCUGUACACGAAAUGGGGUGACAUCGAACAGUGGAUGGAAGACAGUGAGCGCUGCUCGCGCAGAUCCAGAAGGAACACCUCGGCUUCUGAUGAAGAUGAGCGAGUGUCAGUGGGUAGUCGCGGAAGCCUGAGGUCGCAGCCUGACCUGGAGUCUGGGGGUCCCUACGGCUGGACAAAUGGUUACGAUGGAGAGUUAUACGGAUCACAGCCCCUGAGCAGAAGAUCUGGCAGGAACUCCACCUACAGCGGUGACGGCAGAUCCUCUACUGUGUCCUCGUCCAGAGAGGAGAAGUUGGGGCCGUCCUGCUCUGACCUCGGCCUUCCCCGCGGUGGCCUUGCGCCCCAAGUCCUGUUCGCCCAGAGUGGAAGCCGGCCCUCCUGUCUGUACAGCGCUGCCCGGCCAGCGGGGAGUUCCCGGGCGUCUGUGUUCGGGGACGGCAGUCUCGGUGGGCCUCGGCGGGGAAGCGCCUCCGGUUCCUAUGCUCCCUCGGAGCACAGCGGCCACCUCAACUCCAGCUCCCGCGCCUCCUCCAGAGCCAGCUCAGCGCGGGCCAGCCCAGUGGUUGAAGAGAGACCAGAAAAAGAUUUCACUGAGAAGGGGUCUCGUAACCUGCCCGGCCUGUCUGCAGCCACACUGGCCUCGCUGGGUGGCACCUCCUCCCGGAGGGGGAGCGGGGACACCUCCAUCUCCAUCGACACCGAGGCAUCCAUUAGAGAGAUCAAGGAGCUCAGUGAGUUAAAGGACCAGAUUCAGGAUGUGGAAGGCAAAUAUAUGCAGGGACUGAAACAGAUGAAGGACUCUCUAGCAGAAGUGGAAGAGAAGUAUAAGAAGGCGAUGGUUUCCAACGCCCAGCUGGACAAUGAGAAGAUGAACUACAUGUACCAGGUCGAUACCCUGAAGGACACGCUGCUGGAGCUGGAGGAACAGCUGGCGGAGUCUAGGCGGCAGUAUGAGGAGAAAAGCAAAGAAUUCGAGCGGGAGAAGCACACCCACAGCCUGCUGCAGUUUCAGUUCGCCCAAGUGAAAGCCGCCCUGCAGCAGAGAGAGGAGAUGCUCGAGGAAAUCCGACAGCUGCAGCAGAAACAGGCGAGUUAUAUCAGGGAGAUUUCUGAUCUUCAGGAGACGAUAGAGUGGAAAGACAAAAAGAUAGGGGCCUUAGAGAGGCAGAAAGAGUUCUUUGAUUCCAUCAGGAGUGAACGAGAUGAUCUUAGAGAAGAAGUAGUCGUGCUGAAAGAGGAACUAAAGAAACAUGGAAUAAUCCUAAAUUCAGAAACAGCUACCAAUGGAGAGACUUCAGACACCCUAAAUAGUGUUGGAUACCCAGGUCCUACCAAGAUGACAAAAGAAGAGUUGAAUGCCCUCAAGGUGACGGGGGACGGGACCCUAGGAAAAGCCACUGCAGUGGAGGUGAAAAAUGAAAUUGUGGAGAAUGUGGGGAAAAGAGAAAUCUUGCAAAAUACUGAGCAGGAACAGCACAAAGAGGACCCCGUAGAGGAUUGUGUGGACACUGAGGCCUUGCCUCCUGGUGGCAGUGCCGAGGACCGGAAAACCUCUGAAGACAGUGCCCCCUCCCUAGGAACAAUAGCUACAAAUGAGGGACAGGUCCGAAGCCCAGUUCUAGAGAGCACGUCCUUCCUUGAACAUGCAGAGCAGGUUGAGUCCAGGGAGCUCACAAGCACCCCGGAUGCUAGGACUGGGGCUCCCCUUGAGCAGUCUAAGAGUUCGAGUGAACCAGAUGGUGAAACCCUGGGUCCUGCAACUGGGCAGGGCAGCCAGAAUGCCGUGGAUGUCAAAAACCAAAGUGAAGAAGCUGCAGAAAAACAGGAACAAGAAGAGCAAGAUGUUCAAACCAGUUUGGGAGAGGUUAGCACAAAACCACAUCAGGAGUCUGCUCCUGUGCAAAUACCUGAAGUUGAAAAGGUGAGCAGCUCCCAGGGUGCGGUGGAGGCAGGGCUAGCUGGAUUGGAGGAGCAAGCGGGCACAGUGGCCUCACGUCCUCCCAGGUAUAGCGAUGACACAGGGAGUCAUGACACAUGUGCAGUAGACGUCCCCACAGAGUUGGGCCCAGGUUUAGAGAAAGAGCUCACCAACCAGGAAGGGGCUGAACCCAGGGAGGUCCAAGUUCCGAGCACGGGAGCAGGGGGGGAGCACAGUGAGGAAGAGGACGAGGGGAGGGGGUUCCUGAGUGAGAAACCAGUCCAGACAGAAGUCCCGGCCAGUCCCUCUUCUCCAGCAGCCCGUGCUCAGGAGGCAGCAGGUGCACAUACGGUAAAGGCCAAGAGAGAACCCAGUGAAGAAAAGAACGACCCACAGGGAGAGGGAUUGGGUUCAUCCCAAAAGAAGACGAAAAACAAGAAAAAGAAAAACAAGAAGAAAAAGUCACCGGCACCUGUAGAAACCCCUAAGGAUGUUAAGAAAGAGUUAACAUUUCAGAACCCAGAUCUAAGUGAAGCUGAGGAAGAAAAGCAGGUGAAAUCUCCUGAUGAAAACUCAGGUGUGGAAACACAAAAUGAGGUCACUGGAAAUCCAAAUGAGGUCACUGGAAAUCCAAAACAGAGCAUUGUGGCCGGGAGCGGUGACAACCUGGGCUUUCCAGAGGACCCUCAGGUGGAGCUGGCUGGAAAACUGAACCACGAAGAUGGCCAUGUAAACGCCGAGGCGGGGAAAGGAAGAGCUGAUGGAGAACUGUUUGAAGGUGAUACCAUUCAGGCCUCAGGCUGCAGGGCCCGUGCUGAGGGAUCAGAGGAAGGAGCUGUGAAAGCUGACGCUGAAGGAGCCGGUACUGCUCCCAGCCGCCCCCCAGAGAAUGAAGACUUGCCAAGCAGCGCCCGGCUCGGAAAUGGAAGUCCCUCCGAGGACAUUAACGCCGCCUCGCAAACAGAAGGUACAGAGGGCUGUGUGAUGUCCGAGGGUCCAAGCCAGGGAGUCAGAAAGGUUUUAGGUAGCGCUAGUCUAGAAAACGAUGACUUGGCACCAGCAAGGGAGUCAGGGGACUCCCAUUCAGAGCGCAAAGAAGAGACGAGGGGCAGAAGCGAGAAGGACAAAAGCAAAGAAGACUGCGCGCUGUCAUAGGUUGAGGCUUGCUUGUCGGGCGGAGUCAGAGAGGGGCCAGGACGGCACAGUGAGUCCAAGCAACAGACUCUUGCCGGUUUCCUCCGCUGGUGAGAUCCAUGAAAUGUUCUAGAUGGAGGUAGACAUGUGUGACAAUCUGCCACCACGUUAUCUACUACUCUAAGUUAUAGACUGUUACCUGUAGAUUUAUAUUUUAUUAGGGUUCUCACCCAGAUUAGAAAGACAGACACGUUUGUUAUCAUGUAAGUUUUAACCGAGAGCAUUCCAGUAGUAUCAAACGGUAACAUACACUGUUUAUAUUUCUGCUUAUAAUCAAAAUAAACAUAGUUCACGCCUGCCUUAGGCUAAUAU